UGAUGGCGGCAAAUGGACCCACUCCAACAAAAGACUGGCCCCUGGCCCCUGAGGGACUAAAGGAUUUGUGAGCCGUGCCUUCUCCCUCUUCUUCCCCUCCCUUCCCCCUUCCCCCACCACUGCGCCAUUCCCAGGCUGUGCGACACCAUGACCCUAGCCUGGCUUGGCUUCCACAGAUUCCUGCUCUGCCUUUCCAACCACCCCAGGUGGGCCUGCUACAAGGGUCCCUGCUGGCAAGCCCUCCUCUUCUGGCUCUUGUUCCUCUCUUUGCCCUGCCACGUCCUUCCAUCAACCUUCAAGGUGGGUGUGAUGGGCCCCUGGACCUGUGACUCCAUCUACGCCAGGGCCUACCCUGACGCAGCGGCCAAACUGGCUAUUGCCCGCAUCAACAAGGACCCUACUCUGAACCAGGGCUACUGGUUUGACUAUGUCCUCCUCAACGAAGACUGCAAGUCGUCUCAGGCCAUGGUUGGCUUUGUCAACUCGGAGCGCUAUGCCUCUGGCUUCGUGGGCCCGGUCAACCCAGCCACCUGCGAGGCAGCUGGGCUGCUGGGCAGAGCUUGGAACAAGCCUGUCUUCUCCUGGUCUUGCCUGACUGACGAUGCCGAGGUGGAGCGUUUCGGCACCUUUUCCCGGCCGCUGCCCCAGGCCUCCGCCGUCCUCUACACCGUGCUCAAGUACUUCCGCUGGGCCCACGUCGCUGUGAUCAGCUCCGGGCAGGACCUCUGGGUGGAAGUAGGGCAAGGCCUGGCCGAGUCGUUGCGCAACUUUGGCCUCCCUGUCACUGUAGUGACCACCAUGGAGGACGAACCAGAUGGGGCACGGGAUGCCCUCCGCCGGGUACAGAGGGCCUAUGAUGUACGAGUGAUCGUCAUGUGUAUGCACUCUGUCCUGCUGGGUGGGGAGGAACAGCGCCUCCUGCUGGAGAAGGCCGAGGACCUGCGUAUGACGGACGGGACCUACGUUUUCAUCCCCUAUGAUGCCCUGACUUACAGCAUGCCCUACCAGAAGGAGUCCUACCCUGUGCUGGAUGACAGCCUCAAACUCCGUAUGGCCUACGACGCGGUGCUCACCAUCACCAUCGACUCGCCAGAGCAGUCCUUCCGGCAGACUUUCAGGGAGGCUCAGGAGAAGAGGGAAAUCCCUGGCCACCUUGAUGCUGACAAGGCACACCCCCUGUUUGGUACUAUCUUUAACUCCAUCUACUUCCUGGCCAAGGCAGUGGAGAGUACUCGGAAGUCCGGCAAGUGGGUGAUGGGCUCCACCAUUGCAGAGCACGCCAAGGACUUUGAGCUGGAAGGCUUCAGCCAGCCAGUGUCAGCCGAUGAAUACGGAGAUGCCGUGCUCCCCUAUAUCAUCUUGGACACAAACGGGAAGGGAAGCCGCCUCUGGCCCACCUACAGUGUGAACGUCGGUGCUCGUACUCUGCGCUACGUUGGACACACUAUCCAUUGGCCUCACAGUUCCAGCCCAGACACGGACUCCAUCUGCUGGUUUGACUCGGUCACCAUCUGCAGUGGGGGGGUGAAUGCUGGUUUUAUCCUCCUCAUAUUCUUCCUGGCUAUCUGCUUGAUCUUGGGUGGAGCUGCCCUUGCUUUCCAUCUCAGGCGGCAGUUUCAGCAUGCCCAGCUAAUGAAGGGGCCCGACAAGAUUGUCCUCACCAUGGAUGACUUGACCUUCAUCCAUACCCAGAACAGCAAGAAGAAAAUGGAUGACAGUCGAAAGAGUAUGUCGGACAUGAAAAGCCUCAAGAGUGUGGUGGCAAAUGCAGAAAACAGCAACAUGGCUGUGGUUGAGGGCGAGGACAAGCCAAAAUUCACCAGCCAAGUCCCCUUGCUCCUCCUUUUGUUUAACAGCCAAGGCGUAAUAGCCGCGGUCCAGGGUGACUGGGUGUGGCUGAAGAAAUUUCCAGGAGAAAAGCACACUGAAAUCAAACCUGCUACCAAAACAGCGUUCUUAAAGCUCCGGGAUCUGCGACACGAAAAUGUGAACCUUUUCCUGGGCUUCUUCCACGACUGUGGGAUCUUUGCUGUGGUCUCAGAGCACUGCACACGUGGCAGCCUUGAGGAUCUCAUCAAUAAUGAGGACAUGAAGCUGGACUGGAUGUUCAAGUCGUCCUUGCUGCUUGACCUUAUUAAGGGGAUGAAAUACCUUCACCAUCAUGACUUCCCACAUGGGCGGCUGAAGUCUCGGAACUGCGUGGUGGAUGGCCGCUUUGUCCUCAAAGUCACAGACCAUGGCUAUAACGAGCUGUUGGAAGCCCAGAAGAUCCAGCGAGAGACACCGAGCCCAGAGGACCGGUUAUGGACGGCGCCUGAGCUACUACGAGACCCAUCCCAGGAGCGGAAAGGCUCUUUCCGGGGAGAUGUCUUCAGUAUCUCCAUAAUUAUGCAGGAAGUCAUAUGCCGUGCUGCCCCCUAUUGCAUGCUGGACAUGACCCCUGAAGAGAUAAUCAAGAAAGUAGAAAAGCCUCCCCCACUCUGCCGGCCCUCUGUUUCGGUAGACCAAGCCCCGAUGGAGUGCAUUCAGUUGAUGAAGCAGUGCUGGAGCGAGCAGCCUGAGAAAAGGCCAAACAUCAACCAGAUUUUUGACCAGUUCAAGAGCAUCAACAAAGGUCGGAAGACAAACAUCAUCGACUCCAUGCUACGGAUGUUGGAACAGUACUCCAGCAACUUGGAGGACUUGAUCCGAGAGCGAACGGAAGAGCUGGAGGUUGAGAAGCAAAAGACAGACAAGUUGUUAACGCAGAUGUUGCCCCCUUCAGUAGCGGAGGCUCUGAAGACUGGUGCGCCAGUGGAACCAGAGUAUUUUGAAGAGGUGACCUUAUACUUCAGUGACAUUGUGGGCUUCACUACCAUCUCAGCCAUGAGUGAGCCCAUUGAGGUGGUCGACCUUCUGAAUGACCUUUACACCCUCUUUGAUGCCAUCAUCGGCUCCCAUGAUGUCUAUAAGGUGGAGACCAUUGGUGAUGCCUACAUGGUUGCUUCCGGGCUGCCCAAGCGCAACGGCAACCGGCAUGCAGGUGAGAUCGCCAACAUGUCGCUGGACAUCCUCAGCGCUGUCGGCACCUUCAAGAUGCGUCACAUGCCAGAUGUGCCAGUACGGAUCCGCAUCGGCCUACACUCAGGGCCUUGCGUGGCUGGUGUGGUGGGGCUGACGAUGCCACGGUAUUGUCUUUUUGGAGACACAGUCAACACCGCCUCACGGAUGGAGUCCACAGGACUGCCUUAUCGAAUCCAUGUCAACAUCCGCACCGUUCAGAUCCUACAUGACCUCAAGGAGGGCUACAAGCUGGACCUCCGAGGCAAGACGGAGCUCAAGGGAAAAGGCACUGAAGAGACAUUUUGGCUCACAGGCCGCGCGGGCUUUAACAAACCUAUCCCCACACCCCCUGACCUACAGCCAGGGGCAAGCAACCAUGGGAUAAGCAUGCACGAAAUCCCAGAAGACCGAAGGAAGAAGCUAGAGAAAGCACGCGGAGGGCAAGCGUAGCCAGAGAGCAGCCAUGUUAACAUGAGCCCACUUGUGAUGGAGCUCAAACAGCAACAGAGACCUGUGGCCUGCACCUGCCGCCGCUUUCUGACCAACUCUGAUGAGGCCUUUCACACAGCCUGCGAGGCAGGUAGGCAGGAGCGACCUUUGGAAGGGGGAUGAAUCAGCAGUUGGUGCUCGAGGGACUCGCAGCCUCCUUCGCCCGCGGCCAUCUUGGACUCGCCCUUUCUUCACUCUUCUCUCUUCCUCUGCCACUCUUGCUGGCUCUGGUGCACAAAGGACCUUUGGCCAACCCUAGGAUUCACUCUCCAACCAAAAAGGAAAACGAAAAGUGGCCAGCAUGUGUCGGGACUUCCGGCCAAAUCCGAGAACGGCUGUGGAUUCUUCUCUCUCACCAGAGGCGCUUGCCUCCAUUGUCGCAGACUAUAAUGGAAGGAUGGACGCGGAAGGAGGCCUGUUUUCGGAGCGGCUUUCUUCGGAGAAGAUCAGGGUC